CUCCUUUCCCCAAAGGCCAAAACCGACCCCGCUCCACGCCUCCACUCCCAGCCCCAGCGGAUCUUCUCGAGCGGCGGCCGGCGAUGGCAGCGAGCAACAUCGGGAUGAUGGACGGAGCCUACUUCGUCGGGCGCAACGAGAUCCUCGCGUGGAUCAACACUACGCUGCAGCUCGGCCUCUCCAAGGUGGAGGAGGCGGCGUCAGGCGCGGUUGCGUGCCAACUGAUGGACGCGGCGCAUCCCGGCGCCGUGCCGAUGCACAAGGUCAACUUCGACGCCAAGACGGAGUACGACAUGAUCCAGAACUACAAGGUCCUGCAGGAUGUGUUCAACAAGCUCAAGAUCACUAAGCAUAUAGAGGUGAACAAGCUUAUCAAAGGAAGGCCCCUUGACAAUCUGGAGUUCAUGCAGUGGAUGAAACGAUAUUGUGAUUCUGUCAAUGGUGGCUUCAUGAGCAGCUACAAUGCUUCUGAGAGAAGGGAAAGCAGCAAAGGGGGAAAGGAGACGAACAGAAGGGCAUCGGUGCCCUCUCACACACCGGCCAAGUCUGCAUCCACAGGUCACAAGGCUCAAGCAUCACAUGGUGCCAAGCGGGCAAGCGGGCAGACGGCGGGUGCACCACAGCGCAGCGCUAAGCCAUCACCUGCAGCCAGCUCUGGCGGACCAGCUUAUGACGAACAAAUAACUGAGCUGAAGCUCCUUGUGGAUAGCCUGGAGAAGGAGAGAGAUUUCUACUUCUCCAAGCUGCGGGACAUUGAGAUCUUGUGCCAAAACCCUGAGGUUGAGCACGUGCCGGUCCAUGCUAUCCAGAACAUACUCUACACAUCAGAGGAGGACCCUCAGCAGCAGGCUCCAGCCCUGAGCCCCAUCAUGGAGGCGUCCGAGGAGAGGCCGAAGCAAGAGGCGGCGCACAAGAGAAAGAGCAUCUCGGACCUGGACGAGUUUGGUAUGUCGUCCAGCUCAAGGCAGAGGCUCUCCGACAUCUCAGACGUGCAGCUGUGUGGAUCCCCGCUGACGAGUUUCAGCUGAAGGAACCGUCAUCUCUACAAAAUGGGUGUCUCGUCUUUCUGUUGGAUUGGUUCGUGGUUUCGUAUUUCAUGUGUUGUUUGGUGGUGAACUGUCGUGUGCUCUUAGCAAGUUGUCUGCCACAGAAUUUGUGGCCAUAAAUGCUACAAGUUCCUCCUGC